UUCACUGGCGAUUGCUAUGAUUCUAAUAAUCCAUCUUCUAACAACGGUCCCUGAAUUUAAUUUACUCACGAUGAUAUAUCGAGUUACUCACUAUUGGACCACCGGCGAAAAGUAUUAUAACGUAUCAACUGUGAUAUACGCCGGAUUAGUUAUAAUGCAAUUGUACGUUCACGCUGGUGAUUAAACGUCAGUCUAUGCUCGCAGUUCACCCGAGAAAGAUGCAGGGAGCUCAAUAUCUUCGUGGCUUGUUUCCUUUGACAUUGGCGCUUUUAUCAAGCAGCUGGUUUGUCACGAGCAUUAAUUCGUAUCCGACGCAACUUAUCGAUUCCUGGACAAGACCGCCACCAAUAACACUCAAAUUGAUGAAAACAAGACGGAUCACUUCCAGGGCGAAAAUUAGAUACAGACUUGAUUCAUGGUCGCAGUACGAUAAUCCAGAAGAAGGUGUACAACGAGAAGGCGACAUAUUCCAGCCGACAUCGAGAAAAACCACGACGCUGAAUAAGACUUUACUGUGGCCCAAUGGUGUCGUCAAUUACUACGUCCAUUCGUCCAUAGCUAAUGAGCCGAUGAAGUUCGCCGUGCUGGAGGAUGCGCUGCGUAUCAUAAUGUCGAAGACGUGCGUUAAAUUCGUGCGUCUUCACGAAUACGCAAAGCUCCCGGCGAACAAUUGGGUCAACGUCACGGGCCACCGGAAGGGCUGCUUCUCCGAUUUAGGACGCAACGUGUACGAGCCUACCACUUUAAACCUAGACGUGAACGGGUGCUUCCGCGUAAUCGGACACGCGAUACACGAGAUGUUGCACACCCUGGGUGUAUAUCACGAGCACAUGAGGCCGGACCGAGACAAACACAUUACUAUAAUAUGGGAAAACAUCAGAAAGGAGGAUGUAUUCAACUUUCACAUAUUAAACAAGAGUAUUGUGACCGAUUAUGGAUUACCGUAUGACUACAACAGCAUAAUGCACUAUUCUAUGACGGCGUUUUCGACUAACAGGUCGCAUCCUACAAUAGUACCUACGUCGUCUUCCGUGGAGAUUGGCCAGAGAAGCCAUUUGUCACAUUACGAUAUACAAAAAUUGCUAAUUGCUUAUAACUGCAAUGCCGGUAUUAAGAAAUUGAGACAUAACAAGAAGAAACUCAACUUGAAGAAGCUCCAGAAACUUUCUAAUCAUGGAAAAUCACUGCAACCACAAUCACUGGAUAAAACAAUUAAUGAAACAGAAGUGAAGUCACAAAUGCCGACAAUCAUUACACAUAGUUCAAUAUUAAACAAAAUAGAUGAUAAAAAUGCUGAUCUAGCAAAGGCAAUGGAUAGAUUUAAUCAAGUGGCUUUUCUCAGAUCUACGUAUCCUAGUGAGCCUAAUUAUUAUCCUGUACCCCUGAAUCCAAUGUACUUGUAUAUAAAUCUUCACUUUUAUUUGCGUAAGAAAUGAAAAAAAAUAUAUAUAUGCAAAACAAGCAGAAAUUUUAAACAAGAUUAAAAAUAAAUUUAAUUGAUGCUAAUGACGAAUAUAUACAUAUAUAUACAACACUUCACAAAGUAAAUUUACAAAACGCUUGAAUUGUAUUAUCAUUAAUUAUGACUAUUAAUUUUACAAGAAACUUUAAACAGA